AAGAGAAAGCUCAUCUUCUUUGGGAAACACGUGGUGCUUGAUGCAUGUAACGGGACCGCUUCGAAGCAGAGAGCCCGUCGGCAUCAGUGGCGAAUCUGCCGCUCCCAAUGUGCGGCCCCAUCGAGGACGCACAGGGAAGCCGUCGUCGCUCGGAGCAGCGCUCCUGUCUCUGCGGGAAAGGGCGCUCGCGUGUGCUGCGAUCAUGAACGACUGGAUGCCCAUCGCCAAGGAGUACGACCCGCUCAAGGCCGGCAGCAUCGACGGCACCGAUGAGGACCCCCACGACCGCGCGGUCUGGAGGGCCAUGCUGGCCCGCUACGUGCCCAACAGGGGCGUCACCGGGGACCCCCUCCUCACCCUGUUCGUGGCCAGACUAAACCUGCAGACCAAAGAGGACAAACUGAGGGAAGUCUUCUCCCGCUACGGGGACAUCCGGCGGCUGCGGCUGGUGAGGGACCUGGUGACCGGCUUCUCCAAGGGCUACGCCUUCAUCGAGUACAAGGAGGAGCGCGCGCUGCUCAAGGCCCACCGCGACGCCGACGGGCUGCUCAUCGACCAGCACGAGGUCUUCGUGGACUACGAGCUGGAGCGCACGCUGCGCGGCUGGAUCCCGCGGCGGCUGGGCGGCGGGCUGGGCGGCAAGAAGGAGUCGGGGCAGCUGAGGUUUGGGGGGCGGGACCGGCCCUUCCGCAAGCCGAUCAACCUGCCGGUGGUGAAGAGUGAGCUCUACAGGGAGGGCAGAAGGGAAAGGAGGGAGCGGUCGCGUUCCCGGGAGAGACACUGGGACUUCAGGGCCCGCGAUCGGGACCACGACCGGGGGCGGGAGAAGAGAUGGCAGGAGAGGGAGCAGGCCAGGAUGUGGCCUGACAGUGACUGGGACAGAGAGCGGGACCUCCGGGAUGACAGGCCCAAGGGGCGGGAGAAGAGGGACAGGAGCAAGUAGGGGCAGGGGUAGGCCCCGAGGAAGGUGCACUGCGGGGGUGAUGGGGCAUGGCUCGCGUCUAGCGGUUCAAUAAAACUUGCUGAUAAUGGGA